GGCGCUGUGUGACAUUGUUUAGGUUUUUCCACCAGGGCUAAAAAAACCUAGUAAAUAUUCCCAUGAGCUUUACGCCACGGUGCACAGCUGCUGCAGUGAAAUGAUUUGAUAUUCAUAAAUUUAUUAUUAGUCACAACAGCACAGCAGGCUGGGUUAUCCAUCACGGACCUCCAGCACCACCCGAUCACUGCGAAAAAUUGGCAACUCAUAUGUACUGUAAAGUGAGCAGUCCACAUCAAGAAAAAUCAACUUAGUCUCUUCCAAUCUUUUAUCAAAAUGAUAAAAACAGUAAUCGUAGGGGUGUCAGUGUUGCUGGUCGUGCAACAUGUUUUGUCUAUUAUAUAUAGCUUGGGAUUUCAUAAGUGGGCGUAUAACCACCGCCCUGGACCAUGCAGAGUUGUACCAGGAAUUGAAACGGGUUCAGAAGAUAUUCAGGUAUUGGCGAGUGGCCUGGCUUUGAUAACCUCCGGAAUAGAGUUAGCAAAGAUGGGAUUACAAAUGGAUCCUUCAGCAUUGAAAUGGAAAGGACGUAUCUAUGCUUUUGAUCUGAAUGACCCAAAUGGAAAUGUGAGUGAAGUUGCAAUCCUUGGAUCAUUUGAUGAAUUUGACUUCAGACCUCAUGGCAUCAGUGUAUGGCAAGACCAGUCUCAAACCAGAGUGUUUGUUGUGAAUCACAAGAAAACUUACGAAGCAAUUGAAGUAUUUCAAUUUGAUGAGGAAAAGCGAACUUUGACCUUUCUACACUCCAUUACUGGUCCUUCUCUCAGAAGUGUCAAUGAUGUGAUUGCAGUGGGACCUGAUUCACUGUACUUCACCAAUGAUGGAUACAACGACCAAUUUGUAAGAAGGUUUCUAGAAAUGCUGUUUAAAUUUCCAUGGGGUAAUGUUGUGUUCUAUGAUGGCAAAGUUGGACAUGGAACAGUGGUUGUCAAGAGAGGACUUGGACCAAACGGCAUCAAUAUCUCCCCAGAUAAAAGGUUUAUUUAUGUUGCAUUUCCCCAAGUUGGUGUUUUGACAAUUUAUGAGCGUCAAUCUGACAACUCGUUGAAUGCUGUUCAGGUGAUUGAUUUAGGCACAGGCCCAGAUAACAUCUACGUAGAUCCAGCAACAGGGGAUUUAUGGAUAGCUUGUCACCCUAUUGGCUAUCAAGCACAAAAUCACUUCAAAGAUUUCACUCAAGUUGCUACAUCUCAGGUUCUACGUGUGCGGCUGAGCUCCCAGAGUGUUCCAUUCUCAGUGGAUGUUACUGAAGCUUAUGUUGAUGAUGGCAAGCAGAUAUCUGGUUCUUCUACAGCUAUCUUUUAUAAUAAUCAACUUCUUAUCGGAUCAGUCUGCCAUAAGCUGGCACACUGCCAGGUUUUGGCAUUCUAAAAUAAUUAAUGAAUAACUAUUUAACUCAAUGUGUUUCAUUGAGUUGGUCUUUGUCUCUAAGGCAAUAAUUACACCAGUUAUUAGAAUAUAAAUAUGAGGUGAAAUAUGGACUGUUCCAUUUUACCAGGCAAAGCCAAGUGCAAUGGAACAGUCCAGAUUUCACCAUUUGAUUAUAUUCUGCUACAUUGAAUAAAAGGCAUGCAUUAUUUGUUUCCUAUAACUCACACUUUAGAUCCUUGCCAGUUCUAAGAUGGAGUACAAUUAUUUUCAAAUGCAUUCUGGCUUUUGUUAGCACUGCUCAUUGAAUGCAGACACAGUCUUGCACUGAAAGCGUCUUUUCAGAUAUGGGUUCAAUAACUGCUAGAGUCCAAUAAUGAUUGCUAUUGGACAGACCAAUCCAAUGUUAUUAAAUUUGGUAGCAUCGUGUUAACAAAAUAUGGCAAAACAAUGGAUGGCACACGAUGUUAUGUUCCACCAAAUCAUUUGAGUUACCACAAGAAUGCAUUUUACUCCAAUGGCAAGAUGGUCGCCUUGGAAAGACUUAAAGUAGUUUUUUGUUAAUGAAUUACAUUUGACAAGGAUCUGUGCUUCUGUGGUAUCUAAUUAUCCAUAGGUGUUAUUAUUUUUUUUAAACUAUACUUGUUAAUAUUAUUUGCUUUUUGUUUUAUUAAGCUCGCAUGGCAACAUGGUCGUCUUUUGUUGAUUUAAAGUAAUUUGCUGGUUUAUGGUUUGAUGUAUCUAUUGUUUUGCUUGUGUUUUCAUUCUAAAUGUUUGACAAGUGAAAUUGUGGGGUUUUUUGCCGGUGUUUUUACCAUAGAGGUAAACCUCCUUAAUUUGACUCUUAUAAUUAAUUACUUUUAAUUUCAUUCAUGCAAUUAGAGUCUCACAGUAGUACAUUGCAUCUGUGGGUAAAUGCUAUCAAUCUUUAACAUCCUUAAAAGACGCUCCAAGCAAUCUUUAAGAUGCUCUAAGCAAUCUGUAACAUUCCCCUUAGCAAUCUUUAACAUGCUUAAAAUAUGCUCCAAGCAAUCUUUAACAUGCUCAAACCAAUUGGGUUAUCCACGGGUACUGGCCAGCAAGUGUAGAAUCGUGAUUAAACCACAAAACAUCUUUAAGUAUUGCUCUAGGUACAACAAAAAGUGUUCUAAAUAUGUAACCCUCCUCCCAUUUAUAAUACAAUACACCAUCUUUACUGUCCAAAAUGGAAGCAUUUGCCCAGAAGUAUUAAGCUGCAGGGAAGAGUAUUUGUAUCAUAUCCUGCUGUGUGGGUUUGUUAACAGUCUCUAGCCAUAACAUUAAAAUCUGGAUCAAUGAGUUGUA